AGGAUUAAGAGAGAGAGAGAGAGAGAGAGAAUAGAAAAGUUAGUUAGCGUGAGAAACAUGAGAGCACAAAAGACAGGUAAGAGUUAGAUAAUAAAGAAGAGAAAGAGGGGGUUGGGAAGUUGUGCAUAAAAAGCUAAGGGAAUUUUUCAAAUGUCACAAGAUUCUGAGGAGAUAAAGACGAUUGAGCAGUGGAAAUGGUCUGAAAUGCAAGGCCUUGAGCUCGUGUGUGAUGAUGAUGCUAAUGCUACUCCCACUUCCACUUCCACUUCCACUUCCACUUCUCACCCAUAUAAACCCAAUCCACCAACGUUAACAGGGUACUCUGAGGCAACAAAGGCAGAGGAAGGUGCUAGUGCUACUCAACAAGGAGUUUCAAGGGUAAUGGAAACCUCUGAACCCAACAAAGAUGGUGUUGGUGUUGGUGUUGGAAAGAAAGGUGAGAGUGUUCCCUCUGUGGGGUUUGGGGACCUUUUUAGAUUUGCUGAUGGGUUGGAUUACAUUCUCAUGGCAAUUGGAACGGUUGGAGCAAUAGUACACGGUUGUUCUUUGCCUAUCUUUCUUCGGUUCUUCGCGGAUCUUGUAAAUUCUUUUGGGUCCAAUGCUAAUAACGUGGACAAGAUGACUCAGGAAGUGGUGAAGUAUGCGUUUUACUUCUUGGUGGUUGGUGCUGCUAUAUGGGCAUCCUCAUGGGCAGAGAUUUCGUGUUGGAUGUGGAGCGGAGAGCGUCAAUCAACGAAGAUGAGGAUCAAGUACCUGGAAGCUGCGUUGAAUCAGGACAUUGAGUUCUUUGAUACCGAGGUUCGAACAUCCGAUGUUGUUUUUGCAAUCAACACUGAUGCUGUUAUGGUUCAGGACGCCAUUAGUGAGAAGUUGGGGAAUUUCAUUCACUACAUGGCCACGUUUGUUUCUGGUUUUGUUGUGGGUUUCACUGCUGUUUGGCAAUUGGCUCUGGUCACUCUCGCUGUAGUUCCUAUGAUAGCUGUGAUCGGAGCCAUUCACACCACCACGUUGGCCAAACUCUCCGGCAAAAGCCAGGAAGCUCUUUCUCAAGCUGGCAACAUUGUAGAACAGACGGUUGUGCAAAUCCGAGUAGUGCUAGCCUUCGUUGGGGAGUCUCGAGCAUUGCAAGCUUACUCAUCAGCUUUGAAGGUUUCUCAGAAGAUUGGCUAUAAAACUGGGUUUGCAAAGGGAAUGGGAUUGGGUGCCACUUACUUUGUUGUUUUCUGCUGUUAUGCGCUUCUGCUGUGGUAUGGAGGCUAUCUGGUUAGGCAUCAUUCCACAAAUGGAGGACUUGCCAUUGCAACCAUGUUUGCUGUUAUGAUCGGUGGAUUGGGUUUAGGCCAGUCUGCACCCAGCAUGGUUGCAUUUACUAAGGCCAGGGUUGCUGCUGCAAAAAUUUUCCGUAUAAUUGAUCACAAACCCGGUAUAGACAGAAACAGUGAAUCUGGGUUGGAACUUGAUACAGUUACUGGACUUGUGGAGCUGAAAAAUGUGGACUUUUCUUACCCAUCCAGGCCUGAGGUUCGGAUCCUCAAUGAUUUCUCCUUGAAUGUGCCUGCUGGCAAGACCAUAGCUUUGGUGGGUAGCAGUGGCUCUGGAAAGAGCACUGUUGUCUCCCUCGUUGAGAGAUUCUAUGACCCAACUUCAGGACAAGUUCUGCUAGAUGGUCAUGACAUUAAAACUUUGAAGCUUAAAUGGCUGAGACAGCAGAUAGGAUUGGUGAGCCAAGAGCCUGCUUUAUUUGCUACCACAAUUAGAGAAAAUAUACUUUUGGGUAGGCCUGAUGCAGACCAGGUUGAGAUUGAAGAAGCUGCCAGGGUUGCUAAUGCACAUUCCUUCAUCAUCAAACUUCCUGAUGGCUAUGAAACCCAGGUGGGAGAAAGAGGAUUGCAACUUUCUGGAGGACAAAAGCAGAGAAUAGCAAUUGCAAGGGCAAUGCUGAAAAACCCAGCAAUUCUUCUCUUAGAUGAGGCAACAAGUGCAUUGGACUCUGAAUCAGAAAAGCUGGUGCAAGAAGCCCUUGACCGGUUCAUGAUUGGCAGAACAACUCUUGUAAUUGCCCAUCGCCUCUCCACUAUUCGCAAAGCUGACCUCGUAGCUGUGCUUCAGCAAGGAAGUGUUUCUGAAAUUGGAACUCAUGAUGAGCUCUUUUCUAAAGGGGAAAAUGGAGUCUAUGCCAAGCUUAUAAGGAUGCAGGAGAUGGCACAUGAAACUGCUAUGAGUAAUGCCAGAAAGAGUAGUGCAAGGCCUUCAAGUGCAAGAAACUCUGUGAGCUCACCCAUAAUUGCUCGGAAUUCUUCUUAUGGCCGGUCACCAUACUCGCGGAGGCUGUCUGAUUUCUCUACAUCUGAUUUUAGUCUGUCCCUUGAUGCAUCACAUCCAAAUUACAGGCUUGAAAAGAUAGCCUUCAAAGAGCAAGCCAGUUCCUUCUGGCGACUUGCAAAAAUGAACUCUCCUGAAUGGCUUUAUGCUUUAAUUGGCUCUAUAGGUUCAGUUGUUUGUGGAUCCCUUAGUGCCUUCUUUGCUUAUGUUCUUAGUGCUGUCCUCAGUGUCUAUUACAAUCCAAACCACAGACACAUGAUCCGAGAAAUAGACAAAUAUUGCUACUUGUUGAUUGGGCUUUCAUCAACUGCACUUCUUUUCAAUACGUUGCAACACUUCUUCUGGGAUAUUGUUGGUGAAAAUCUUACAAAACGAGUGAGGGAGAAAAUGCUGACGGCAGUGCUCAAAAAUGAAAUGGCAUGGUUUGAUCAGGAGGAAAAUGAGAGCGCUAGGAUUGCUGCAAGGCUUUCUCUUGAUGCCAACAAUGUUAGAUCAGCCAUUGGAGAUCGAAUUUCAGUAAUUGUGCAGAACACUGCACUUAUGCUAGUUGCUUGCACUGCAGGGUUUGUGUUGCAAUGGCGUCUUGCCCUUGUCCUCAUAGCUGUCUUCCCUGUUGUUGUAGCAGCCACUGUUUUGCAGAAAAUGUUCAUGACUGGUUUCUCUGGUGACCUGGAAGCUGCUCAUGCUAAGGCCACACAACUAGCAGGUGAAGCUAUAGCCAAUGUAAGGACUGUUGCAGCCUUCAAUUCAGAAACAAAAAUUGUUGGCCUUUUCUCCUCCAACCUUGAAACUCCACUACAAAGGUGCUUUUGGAAGGGACAAAUUUCUGGAAGUGGAUAUGGGAUAGCUCAGUUUGCACUUUAUGCUUCCUAUGCACUUGGUCUUUGGUAUGCUUCUUGGCUUGUGAAGCAUGGUAUCUCUGAUUUCUCUAAAACAAUCCGAGUUUUUAUGGUCCUCAUGGUAUCUGCCAAUGGUGCUGCUGAAACUUUAACACUGGCUCCUGAUUUCAUCAAGGGAGGUCGAGCCAUGAGGUCAGUCUUUGAUCUCCUCGACCGUAGAACUGAAAUUGAACCUGAUGACCAAGAUGCUACUCCUGUUCCUGAUCGUCUUCGCGGUGAAGUUGAACUCAAGCAUGUAGAUUUCUCUUAUCCCACACGCCCAGAUAUGCCAGUUUUUCGUGACCUUAGUCUUCGUGCCAAGGCUGGUAAAACUCUUGCACUUGUUGGACCUAGUGGUUGUGGUAAGAGCUCAGUCAUUGCACUUAUACAGAGAUUCUAUGAUCCUACAUCUGGUAGGGUCAUGAUUGAUGGAAAAGAUAUCAGAAAAUACAACCUCAAGUCCUUAAGAAGGCAUAUUUCUGUGGUACCUCAAGAGCCUUGCCUGUUUGCUACUACUAUUUAUGAAAACAUUGCUUAUGGACAUGACUCAGCUACUGAGGCUGAGAUAAUUGAAGCUGCAACUCUUGCCAAUGCUCACAAGUUCAUAUCUGCUUUGCCUGAUGGAUACAAAACAUUUGUUGGGGAGAGAGGUGUUCAACUGUCCGGGGGACAAAAGCAAAGAAUAGCAGUUGCUAGGGCCUUUGUGAGGAAGGCAGAACUCAUGCUUCUUGAUGAGGCCACAAGUGCACUUGAUGCUGAAUCUGAGAGGUCUGUUCAAGAGGCUUUAGACCGUGCCUCCUCAGGAAAAACAACUAUUAUUGUUGCACAUAGACUUUCAACAAUCAGGAAUGCGAAUCUCAUUGCUGUUAUUGAUGAUGGGAAAGUAGCUGAGCAAGGUUCACAUUCACAGUUGUUGAAAAAUCACCCUGAUGGGAUUUAUGCACGCAUGAUUCAAUUACAAAGGUUCACACACAACCAAGUCAUUGGGAUGGCCUCUGGUUCAAGUUCUUCAACAAGACCAAAAGAUGAUGAAAAAUAAGGCUAGCCACUCAAAUGAAAUUACCAGCUACAGGAAUAUAUGCCAUAUACCACCCAUUAUAAUUAUUGCCAUUUUUUUUGUCUUGACCAAUAGUAUAGUUUGUGUAUCUCCCUACCUUUCCCCUCCUAUUCAAGAAUGUAUCUUCUUGUCUUUAUGAAUCUCACUAAGGAAAUGACGAAGAUGCAU